AUGCCUACCGCAGUGGCUUACCCGUACCUAAUCUCACGGAUCGCCGACCCCCUCUUCGCCGUCUUCAUCGGCUCUUCGGCCGCCUACGUGCGCAUCCGCCGGGAACACAGAGCGAAACACCCCGAGCAACCAUCUGAUCCACGUUAUCUGUUUAAUCUUGGCUUGAGGAGGGUGAAGGGGUGGUGGGGUGGGUGGGAGUCUGUGUAA